AUGCCGGCGUAUCACUCCAUCUUCCUAGAGGACCGCGAUGUUCCCGUGAUAGGGAACUUUCCUAUCUUGCCAUUGCGUACCAAGACUCGUGGUCCCGCAUACACACUUCCCGCGCUACCCCCCAAUACCCCCGAUAUGGAUGUCACCCCCGAAAGUGAAUCCUACGAUUGCAUCGACGAAAUUCUGUCCCUCUUCCGCGCCAACGUCCUGUUCCGAAACUUUGAGAUCAAUGGCCCGGCAGAUCGUAUGCUCAUUUAUGGUACACUCUUCAUCAGCGAGUGUCUAGGCAAAGUCAAGCCUACAAUGACUGCCCGCGACGCCGAAAAGGCCUUGAUCAAUGCUUCCUUGGAAAGCUUCGCCAUUCCGGGUGAUGUUUCGUUCCCAUUGAACCAGGCCUUUGAGCCACCUCGUGAUCGCCAAGACGCGGAGACCCUGCGAGCAUACCUCUCCCAGGUUCGCCAGGAAAUCGCCAUGCGGCUACACGCUAGAUUAUACCCUGGUGGUGAGGGACCUUCCAAGUUCUGGCUCAGCUUCACGAAGAGAAAGUUUAUGGGCAAGAGCCUGUAG